CUCGCAACAGCCGAAAGCUGUGGUGGUCCCGAUCAUCGAACCCUCCUAGGGUUUACCGAUCUUCCUUCUGAUGAAGGAGUUGAUUCGGUUUUUCACAACGCUGGCGCCGACUUCGAACACCAACAAAAACUCAUCGAAUACGAUCAAACACUCGGUUAUUGGCCGCCUGCUCACCCGUUACCCUUACCCAAAUGGGCUGUGGAUCCUUUAAAACCUUACAAGUUUAAAAACAUCCGAGAAUACGAACUGUUGGCUAGCAAAAUCGAGUUAGAACUUCAAAAACUAUUGGAAGAGCAUAAUUAUGACACUGUAGGCAAUUUUUUGGAUUUGUAUAAGCAUUUCAAGACUAGUAAAAUGAGAAGUGCCAUUGAGUUCUUUCACGAGUAUGCUCCAACAAUUACACCCGAACAUCAUACCUGUGUAGGUUUGGCUUUAGAAUUGCGUAGUAGAGUAAAAAAACUGGAAUUGACAUACCCAAACUUAAAAAAUCAACUGUAUAUCGUGUCUUGUGAGGAAAAUAUUGAUUCUGUUGAUGGAUAUACUGCUUUGAGGGAUACUUUUGAUACUAUGCCUUCGACCUUAGAAAAGGAGCAUUGCUUGAUGUGCAUGAAAUUUGAAAUCAAUGGAAGAAGUGGAGUUUUGUUAUGUGAUCCAGGAUAUCAUGUUGCCAGGGUUGUUACGGUAAUGACUGAUAAAGCUUAUCCCCAUACAGGAUGGUUCAUACAAUCGGAAGAAGCCAAUAUUAAAAAGGAGUAUAACUAUGAAUUUUGCACUGCUAAAAACACUUUCGUGCAAUGGGAUGAGAAAACAACUAAAAAUGACACACAGGAAAUUUUCAAUGGCCUGAUUUAUGUUGAAAGGCCUUAUCUAACUGCAGUGGAUGUUACUGAGCGAAGGAAUCUGAUUUAUCCUUUCAGGAGUUUGUUAUCAAGAGAUCAAAAGGGUCACCUUCUAGCGGGUAUUUACUUUAAAGUUAAACCAAAAAUCGAUGAGUUUACGGUGUUCUACGACGAUAUGGGCAAACAAAGGGUUAAGAUGAACUUUUCAGCACUAUUACAACCAGAAAUAAAUGAAUGCAUCUUAAAGAAACUAAACAUUGCUAACGAACAACUGCGCAUGCCCGAAGGGAAACUGCUAACAACCUUAAAACAAUGCGCAGAACUGCUCAGGGAUUGCCACUACUUGCGAGAAAUACUCGCCAUCGAAAAUCUUAUCAAUGUAAUGUCAGAAAACAACUAAGCUGAACUUUUUAUUUUAUUUUUUUAAUAUGUAAUACAAAUAUUCGAUUAUUUAGAGCUUAAUUUAUUAUAGCAUUUGCGCUGUUGAUAAUAUUUAGUAUAUCAAUAUAUUGUAGUGUAAGAUACGCACUUUAUUAUGGAAGAAAUAGGUUUUGCUGUAUGUGUUAAUGGUAUGUAGGUAUACCUAUAACAGAAGAAGAUGGUCUAAUCAAAUCAAUAUUAGCACAAUAGAAACACUGCAAAUUGAUACCUUUCAUCACAAUAAGCAAUACAUUAAAUGCCUUCAAGAACGCACAUUUAUAUUUACAUAUUAUAUUAUAUAGUAUUGUAAAUAUGUCUAUCUAUAAUUAAAUGAUUUGAUUAACACGUAUUAUUAUUAUUAUUAUUUUUAGCAGGUUUUAUAAAGCAAAACUUAUUUCGGAGGGUUUGUGGUACAAAUAUUUUAUUUUUUGGUAGGUCAUGUGCUUUUAGUAGUAUGAAAAUUAUAAUAAUUAUAUGUAUAAAUAUAAUUUAUUCAAAAUAUA